AUGGGUCUUGUGAGAAGGAAACAAGUUGAUUCUGUUCACCUGAAAGAUAACGAUGGACGUCAUCAGCUUGCCAAGAAAUUAACCGCCGUUGAUCUUGUCGCUAUUGGAGUUGGAACAACGAUUGGAGCAGGAGUGUAUAUACUAGUGGGAACAGUAGCUAGAGAACACACGGGACCUGCUCUUGCUGUGUCGUUCUUCAUCGCUGGAGUAGCAGCAGCUCUCUCGGCGUGUUGCUAUGCUGAGCUCGCUUCUCGCUGUCCAUCUGCUGGGAGUGCUUAUCAUUACGCAUACAUAUGUCUUGGAGAAGGGAUUGCUUGGUUGGUUGGUUGGGCACUGGUGUUGGAUUAUACGAUUGGUGGUUCGGCCAUUGCCCGUGGCAUAUCUCCAAAUCUGGCAUCUUUUUUUGGAGGCCUGGACAAACUUCCUGUGUUCUUAGCUCGACAAACCAUACCCGGGCUUGGUAUUGUGGUUGAUCCGUGUGCAGCACUUUUGAUUUUGAUUGUCACAGUACUACUAUGCUUUGGGAUAAAGGAGAGCUCAGUAGUACAAGCAGUUGUAACAUCAGUGAAUGUUUGCACAUUGGUUUUCAUCAUAGUCGUUGGUGGAUAUUUAGCUUGCAAGACUGGAUGGGUUGGAUAUGAUCUUCCGAGUGGGUAUUUCCCUUUCGGAUUAAAUGGGAUACUCGCCGGAUCUGCUGUAGUAUUCUUCUCAUACAUUGGAUUUGAUACUGUAACUAGUACGGCUGAGGAGGUUAAGAAUCCUCAAAGGGAUCUUCCAUUGGGCAUUGGGAUUGCGUUACUGAUAUGCUGCAUUUUGUAUAUGCUUUUAUCAGUAGUUAUUGUUGGAUUAGUCCCAUACUACACAUUGAAUCCUGAUACUCCUAUCUCCUCUGCAUUUGGAGACAGUGGGAUGCAGUGGGCAGCGUACAUCUUAACCAUUGGUGCAAUAACUGCUCUGUGCGCGAGUUUGUUGGGUUCACUUCUGGCUCAGCCGCGGAUCUUCAUGGCAAUGGCUAGGGAUGGAUUGUUGCCAGCUUUCUUUUCAGAAAUUAACCCAAGAACUCAAGUACCGGUGAAAAACACAAUAGUGAUUGGUGUGCUGGCCGCUUCACUGGCAUUUUUCAUGGAUGUUUCACAGUUGUCCGAGAUGGUUAGUGUAGGCACUCUGAUGGCAUUCACUGCUGUAGCAGCCUGUGUGUUAGUUCUCAGAUAUGUACCACCAGAUGGAGUUCCCCAACCAUCCUCCUCUCAAACUUUGACUGAUAGCGAUGAAAUUAGAGCGCAAACUGAAAAUUCUCUUGUGGGUGCUAUAGAAUCGUCUGAUUCUCCUCUACUUGGCGAUGAAAGAGCUUGGGAUGAAAAGUAUUUUGGAAAGAGAAGGAAAAUUGCUGCCUGGAGUAUAGUUCUUGUGUGCGUAGGUGUGUUAGGCCUUGCAUCAGCAGCUUCUGCUGAGCGUCUUCCAAGGUCUGAUAGCUUGAACGAUGUCACUGCUACUUGCGUGUCGAGCUCAAGUAGAAGUCCAACCCUUUUGAUUACUCUUGGUUACAUCGAUGAGGAUGACGAAAGGCACAACUUUGGACACCAAGGAGGUAAGAGCUGGGACAUGGAUCAGGGUCUUGAUAUGGCUGCUUAUUGGAAGCAUGAUCUAUCUCUUCUAUGGCCGGUCUCACAGCUUACUGAACAAUGCAGGCUACGUUCCAACGACUUGUACAGGGAAAACAACAGAUCAUCUUGCUUGAGAUGUGUGUGA